AUACUUUUACUUAAUUGUGUUUAUAAUGAUUGUAGGGAUGAGACGAGCACGUAGAAAAUGAGAUUGUUCCAUCGAUAAAUGGCAAACGAUAUAUCGUUAUGCAACUCGGGUCGUCCUUGAGCUGAGCUAGUGGUAGUGGGUGACCCGAGAUGAAUCUUCUUCUGAUACCCAGUGUUGAUCGCAACUGCAGAUAAGCUCGCCAUGCAUUCUAUGAGACCGCUGUUUGUAGUGUUUACUUUCCUUAUUGGCGCCUUUUGCCAGUUUCACGGAAACGAUUAUUAUAAUCAAAGACAGAACAGGCAAAGUUCUGGAAUUUGUCCGCAACCCAAUGGCACGUUUCCAACUGGCACAUGCGAUGGUUACAUUAAGUGUGUAAAUGGGGUACCUGAAGAAAAACUAUGCCCCGAUGGUCUUCUAUUCAACGCAGCCUCUGGGCCUCAAGCCUACCCUUGUCAGUAUCCUCUAGACGUUGAUUGUACCGGCAGGGAACAAAUUCAACCAGCCCAGCCUACAGAAGACUGUCCCCACCAAUACGGCUACUACAAACUGGGUGACCAAAACAAUUGUGGUCAAUUCAAGAAUUGCGUAGACGGUAGGGGUUUUGUCUUUGAUUGUCCCGAAGGAUUGGCCUGGAAUAGUGAGACCUAUAGAUGUGACUGGCCUGACCAAGUGUCAGAUUGUAAUGCUGAAGCAUAUCUGGGCUUUACUUGUCCACCUGAUGCCAGACAGUUCGGUUUUGGUCAGGAAGAAUAUCGAUUCUUCCGGUCUCCGAACGACUGUCAACAUUACUACAUUUGCAUUGAAGGAAAGCCCAGACUGUACAAUUGCGGGGAGGGGAGGGCUUUCAAUGAUAUCAUUAGCGCGUGCGACGGAGCGGAAAACGUCACGGGCUGCGCCCCCUUAAAUCAAGGCCCCCCCGGGAGAUUCUCCAACCAAAACGCUUACGACAAAUUCAACAGGUUCUAAGAGGAAGUGUAAAAGAAUAAAAUAAGAAA